UACACUUAUCCAACGCUGUCUCCAAAUAUCAAGGACUAGAGGGAGGUACGUAACGAAAAGAAUGACUGUGUUGGAAUCUGUGUCCGCAGCCGGGGGCGGAGUCCUCAUCGUUGGAGCCUCCGGUUUCAUUGGCCAGUUCAUCGCCGAAGCUAGCCUCCAUGCUGAUCGGCCUACGUACCUUCUCGUCCGAUCGGUUGGCUCUAAAACCAACAAAACUCUUCAAGACAAAGGCGCUAAAGUUAUUCAUGGUGUUGUCAAGGAUCAAGCAUUCAUGGAGAAGAUACUAAAAGAGCAUAAGAUAGAUAUAGUAAUAUCAGCUAUUGGUGGUGCUAAUAUACUAGACCAACUCACCCUAGUCCAUGCCAUUAAAGCUGUCGGAACCAUCAAGAGGUUUUUGCCAUCGGAGUUUGGGCAUGACGUUGAUAGGGCUAAUCCGGUGGAACCAGGGCUCACCAUGUACAACGAAAAGAGGAGGGUGCGGCGAUUGAUAGAAGAGUGUGGGGUGCCCUACACUUAUAUCUGCUGCAACUCUAUUGCUUCUUGGCCAUACUAUGACAAUACUCACCCAUCGGAAGUAAUUCCCCCUUUGGAUGAGUUCCAAAUUUAUGGUGAUGGCAGUGUCAAAGCAUAUUUUGUUGCAGGCUCUGAUAUAGGAAAAUUCACCAUCAAAACCGUCGACGACAUUCGUACGCUGAACAAAUCGGUUCAUUUCCGACCAUCCUGCAAUUUUCUCAACAUAAAUGAGCUUGCAUCUUUGUGGGAGAAGAAGAUUGGACGCACUCUCCCCCGAGUCACUGUCUCAGAAAAUGACCUACUAGCAGCAGCAGCAGUGAAUAUAAUCCCACAAAGUGUCGUUGCAUCGUUCACACACGACAUUUUCAUUAAGGGAUGCCAGAUUAAUUUUUCAAUUGAAGGUCCUAAUGACGUUGAAGUAUGCAGCCUCUACCCUGAUGAAUCGUUCAGGACCGUUGAUGAAUGUUUCGAUGAUUUUGUUGUGAAGAUGAAUGGGAAGAAUUUUACAGAUGAGACGGAUGGAAACACUGCCCAGAAUCAUGUUGUUGAAGUACUUCCCAUCACAAUGUGUGCUUGAUUUGAAGAAAUAUAUGUAAUUGGACACAUCAUUAUGUGAACCAUAUCUAAUCCAUCUAUUAUUUUUUUUAUGGCAACAAUUUUAUUCAAUAAAAUUGGGAGUCAAUUCGUUGCCUAUUAUUUAUGAUUUUAUUUUGAACUUAUCUCAAUGUAUUGUUUCAGUGGGAAGAAAAAUUGGCGUUCGAAUUCUGAAAAUGAAUUUAUUUGAAAA